AUGGCGAACAACAGCCGACUUUCAAAUGCAACAAGGGAUUUGUUGAAGAAUAUACCUGGCCCGUUCAACGCUCUCAUCAGCCAGACUGCCGAGGGAAAGAAUCCCCAUGCGCAAUUCCCCUUCCACGAGGUUAAAGUGAUUCGGGGUACGGUGCCUCACCCACCGAACACUGAUCGAAGAGAAGUUCGGAAUUCCAUUACCCUUCAAUUCAAUGGCACUGCAGGAGGCCCAAUGGUUGCCCACCGUUUCAACGAUGGGACCAUCAGAAGCUCCGCGCAAAUGCACCAGGAUAUCAAUCAAAGAAGGGCCCAAGACGAAAGAUUGACCACGGAAGAGAAGCGAUUUCCUCAACUCCAGCAGACAACUAGGCGAAGACAAGUCGAAACUCAGAUGAUGACGAGGAUACAGGCUGCGAGAAGCAACCCGUCAUGGAGCAUUGUGCAAAAACAGUUGGAAAAGCAAAGCGCAGAGCAGGAAUAUAACCAGGUCUUGCAGAGGCAGGCGCAAGAAAGGCCUGCUCCUGCUCAAGCCGCUGCGAGUGGCAGUAAGACAAAACAUUGA